AUGGUUCAGGAAGGAGAAGGCGAAGAGUGCGGCCCCGCCUCAGCAGAAGAUGAAUCGAGGCUGCAGCACUUAGGUUUUGCUGCAGCAGACGGAGCAGCAGCAGCAGCAGCAGCAGCUGCUGCUGCUGCUGCUGCUGCUGCUGCACCUGCUGCAGCAGCACCUGCUGCAGCAGCACCUGCUGCUGCUGGCGUUCCGUCGCUUGCUGCAGAUGGUAGCGCACAAGGGGGGGCAGCAAUCUCAGCAGCUCAGCUGCAGCAGCAGCAGCAAGUGCAGCAGCAGCAGCAACUGCAGCAGCAGCAGCUGCAGCAGCAGCAGUUACAGUCGCAGCAGAUGCAGCAGCAGCAAGUGAACGCAGCGUUGAAUUAUAUGUACGAAGGGUGCCUGCAGCAGCAGCAGCAGCAGCUGCAGCAGCAACAGCUGCAGGAGCAGCAGCUACGCCAGCAGCAGCUGCAGCAGCAGCAGCUGCAGCAGCACCCUCAACUGCAGCAGAUGACGCCUCAGGCACUGCAGCAGCAGCAGCUUCAGCAGCAGCAGCAGUUGCAGCAACAACUGCAGCAGCAGCAACUGCAGCAGCAGCAAUUGCAGCAGCAGCAGCUGCAGCAGCAACAGUUGCAACAACAGCAACUGAAGCAGCAGCAGCAGCUGCAGCCGUUGCAGCAGGCCGACAUGCAGCAGCAGCUGUUGCGGCAGCAGCAGCAGCUGCAGCAGCAGCACUUUCAGCAGCAGCAGCUGCAGCAGCUGCAGCAGCAGCAGCUGCAGCCCGUGCUGCAGCAGCAACCGAUGCAGCAUUUGCAGCUGCAGCACCUGCAGCAGCAGCAGCUGCAGCAGCAGCACCUACAACAGCUACGACAGCAGCAGCUGCAGCAGCAGCAGCUGCAGCAGCUGCAACAGCAAGGCCAAGCAGCAGGCGAGUCGGCUCAAGCGGGAACCCGCAGCAGCAGCAACUGA